GUCGGAGUCCUGGUUUCCCCGCUAGUAGUUCCGGGUUGCAGCUCGCGCAGUGGCCGUGGCGGCGCUGGCUGAUCUAGAGCUGGAGCUCAGCCGGGGCAGCAUGGCGGCUUUCCGGUCCGGCCUCCUGGUGCUGACGACGCCGCUGGCUUCUCUGACCCCUCGCCUGGCACCCAUCCUGACCUCGGCGGCCCGGCUGGUGAAUCACACCCUCUAUGUCCACCUGCAGCCGGGCCUGAGACUGGAGGGCCCGGCUCAGCCCCAGUGCAGCCCCGUGCCGGCCACGUUUGAAGUCCUUGAUCUCAUCACGCACCUCUACGCUGGCGCCGACAUCCACAGGCACCUGGACGUCCGAGUCCUGCUGACCAAUAUCAGAGCCAAGAGCUCCUUUCUCUCUUCCCUGCCGAGCUCUGUCCAGAACCUGGCCCACCCACCAGAAGUGGUGUUGACUGACUUCCAGACCUUAGAUGGAAGCCAGUACAACCCUGUCAAGCAACAGCUAGAGCGCUAUGCCACCAGCUGUUAUAGCUGUUGCCCUCAACUGACUUCAGUGCUGCUAUACCCCCAAUAUGGGCCUGGGGAGCCACCUAAAGAGCCCCUGGAUGUCCCCUCAUCCUCUACCAUCAGACCAGCCUCCCCUGGGGCCAGGUCUCCAAAGCAGCCAGUGCGUGGCUACCACUCUGGGGCUGUCGGUGGCACGUUUGACCGUUUGCACAAUGCCCACAAGGUGUUACUCAGUGUUGCGUGCAUCCUGGCCCAGGAGCGGCUUGUGGUGGGAGUAGCAGACAAAGACCUGUUGAAGAGCAAGUUGCUCCCUGAGCUGCUCCAACCCUAUGCAGAACGUGUGGAACGUCUGAGUGAGUUCCUGGUGGACGUCAAGCCCUUCUUGACUUUUGAUGUCGUCCGCCUGCUGGACCCUUAUGGCCCCGCUGGCUCAGACCCCUCCCUGGAGUUCCUGGUGAUCAGCGAGGAAACCUAUCGUGGGGGGCUGGCCGUCAACCGCUUCCGUCUUGAGAACGACCUGGAAGAGCUUGCUUUAUACCAGAUCCAGCUACUGAAGGACCCAAGACAUGGAGAAAAUGAAGAGGACAAGGUCAGCUCCUCCAGCUUCCGCUACCAAAUGCUGGGAAAACUGCUGCGGCCUCCACAUAAGAGGCCAGAGCUCCCCCAAGGUCUCUACGUGCUCGGGCUGACAGGCAUUAGUGGCUCUGGGAAGAGCUCAGUAGCUCAGCGGCUGAAGGGCCUGGGAGCGUUUGUCAUUGACAGUGACCACCUGGGCCAUCGGGCCUACGCCCCAGGAGGCCCUGCCUACCAGCCUGUGGUGGAGGCUUUUGGACCAGAUAUUCUCCAUAAAGAUGGCAUCAUCAACAGGAAGGUCCUAGGCAGCCGGGUAUUUGGGAACAAGAAGCAGCUGAAGAUACUCACGGACAUUAUGUGGCCAAUUAUUGCGAAGAUGGCCAGAGAAGAGAUGGAUGUGGCUGUGACUGAGGGUAAGAGCGUGUGCGUGAUCGAUGCUGCCAUGUUGCUUGAAGCUGGCUGGGAGAACAUGGUGCACGAGGUGUGGACCAUUGUCAUCCCUGAAACUGAGGCUAUACAGCGUAUUGUGGAGAGGGAUGGCCUGAGUGCAGCUGCAGCUCAAAGCCGGCUACAGAGCCAGAUGAGUGGGCAGCAGCUUGUGGACCAGAGCCACGUGGUGCUCAGCACAUUGUGGGAGCCGUAUGUCACCCAGUGCCAGGUGGAGAAAGCCUGGGCCCUCCUGCAGGAGCGUAUCCCCAAGAUGCCAUCAGACCCGUGAUUGAAGAUGAGUUCUCUGUGGGGUCAUAUCAACCUCUGGAAUUGACAAGAGAUCCAGCAGUGAGGAAGAGUGGGGGCCUCAGUGCCCACCCCAACUCAGGCCUGGAGGGCUCUGAGCUAAGCUGUGCAGGGCAGGGAUGGGCCUGGUGGAUGCAGGAAGCCUACCCAGCAUGCCACUAUUUGACUCACACUGAGGAUGUGGCUUAUGGAGGAACAAGUCCCUCUGGAGUUCCAUCCCCACAUUGCCUAGGAAUGUCUUUGACACUGAUGGCUAACUGGGGCCAGGGCAAACACUGGAACAUGUAACAGAAUUAAAAAUGAAUGUUUCCAGGUGC